GCCGGGGGGAACUACCGAUCCCAGGCAGCCGCGGGGCGGCGGCGUAGAGGUCAAAGGGCAACGAGGCUUGUCAACAAAGGAACCGUCAGCGGCUCCUUGAGGGGCUGGUGCUAUGGCAACGCCGCACGCCCCCGACGCCUGAGCGCUGGGGCCACGGUCCGGAGCCGGCCGGUUGCAGCGCCUUGGACAGCAGCAGCGGCCAGGCUGAGGCGGACCGUGGAAAAGAAAAUGACUUCUGCUGAGAUGCUACCAUCGAGUACCAACACUGAGAAAAUCAAAUCUGUUCAACUGCCUUCCUGUGCAAAUCCUGGCAAUCCUGUGUUUUCCUGUAUGUUGGACCCAAAGACACUCACUACCAAUAAUUUCUUGACAAACCCUCAGCUUUUACUGUUUAAAACAACUUCAAGUGAAUAUGGUGCUAUACCACCUACGUCUCAAAUGGUACCAUGUACCUACCAUCCAAAGGAUGAAACAUUUACAAAACAUUUGUUAACUUGUGGUUUGACUCAACAUAAUUAUAUAAACACUGCCAUUGACAGAAGUAGGGUAUAUGACUACCCAAAUAUGCAGCAUACUCUGUAAAAUUAUACUAUCUGACUUUUCUCACAUAUUUACUGAAAGGACUAGUCAUCAUUUUAGCUUUGGGAAAACAAAAUGCAGGCUUGUUAUUUUUGUUGUCCAUUUUGGGAGUAAAGUGUCAAUACAUAUUACAGUAAAACACUUUUUUACUACAAGGAUCAAAAAGGAUUUUAAGUGAGUAUUUGUUAAUACAUUUCUGUGCAUCAACCCAUACAGGAAUAAAGUAUAUGUCUUGAAAUGAA